ACAGGCGCAGACCCAUGUCGGCUGCUGCACUCACUGCGCCACGGCGGCAGCAGAAAGCGUGGCUUGGACUUCUUCUGGAGCAAGGCGCACCUCAACGUGUCCGGAUCUAACUUCCUUCACAUCCUCACCGAUUUAUAUGCUGUUGACUAUUCCUCCCAAAUCCUGAUGCACUGAAAGAAAUGGGAAGGCUCUUUGCCGACAGCAAUUACGAUGAACACAAGCUGGACAUCGACAGCCUUACUGAUGCAAUCUGCGCUGUCUCUGCCACCGAAAACGCAGUGGCCGAACCCUGAGCUUUCAAUCGACUCCAACCUACCAAGAAUUUCCAUCCGCAGAAGCGCCACCUUGCGAACUUAUUCCUUUUGGGCCGUGAAAGGGCCGGCCUUGGAUGCGUACAACUCGGUCAGAAACUCAAUAAAGGAUUGCCUACGCGACAGGGAUGAUUUGUUUGAGAAAUCGAAAGAAGCAGGCCUGCCUUAUAGCAUCGAGUGUUAUAUGGUAGGCAAGCGAUCGAAACAAGCGAGGCCCUGCAUUGCUAUCCUCUGUGAAUGUCCGCUUUUCUGCCGCAAAGCCAUCAAUGGCAUCCGAGAAACUAUAUGGUGGAGUCGAUUCAUUGAGUAUCAUCCGGCUUUCACAAUGGUCAGUCUUCCUAACAGUCCUGGUCCGGUGAGGAUGGCUGGUGGCAGUGGCGGUCAGUAUCUCAUCCAGGGACCUUCCGUGUACACAACUUUGUCUGAAGGGGUUUCAAACACUGCCCUUCCCUUGUUCUAUUUGGAUGAAGAAAUCGCAAGUGAUGAGGGCAUCUUCACUUAUAUUACGUCCAAUGUUGCCAGUCAGCCACACGCGGUUAUGGGAGGUUCAUUCCCCUUUGAUCAGAAACGUUAUGGUCUGACUGUUGCGCACGCUUGGAAGCAUAGAGCAUUGUGCCCCCAAUCUCAGCCGAUGCCUCAAGCCAUUGCACGUCAAUCGCCAACCUUCAGCUUUAUAGACGAUUUCGGCGAAGCAUCCCAGGUUAAUUCUGAGGCCGGAUCCGACGAUGAAACCGCGCGAAUACACAUUGGAGCUGGAGGGGAGCUCCCGGAUUUUCCAGAAGUUCCCACAAACAACGAUGGCAUUGGUCUGGGACAGACCGGGAGGACGCUCGUAAGAAAGUUAGGCCGCAUUCGAUACUCAUCAAGUGGAGAGCCUGGGGACGAGCUCGAUUGGGCAGUCAUUGAGUUCGAUGAUAGCUGGCUUGAGUCCCAGGACUAUGAGAAUUUUGAGAUCGCAAUAAACCCUGACAUUUUCGAGGAAAAGGAACAGGGAUUCUACGAUAUCAUUCCUGAGAAUAAUCUCUUUCCUGGCCCGUCAGUCCUCGAGAACUCAAGGCCAAUCUCCAUUAUUGGCCGCGAGGAGACGAUUGUCUCCGGUGUCAUCAAAGCGGGCUCAGCCUUGCUCAGCUUGAGUGAAAGUGACCAAUUGUCGUUGGCUCAAUUUGUUGUAAUGGAGGAAUCAUUGACCUUUGGUGACUGUGGGAGGUGGAUCUUCGACACUAAUGGUAUUUGGUAUGGGCAUAUCGUCGCCGGCUGUCCGGGCACAGGUUCCGCUUACAUUGCUCCAGCUUGGAGGAUCAUGGCAGAUAUAGAAGCCACUACUGACCUGACGAUGAAGGUAGAUCGAGUGAUCAUGGACAAAAACCACUAUACUAUUCCCCCGGUAACCCAAAAAGAUCAGGGCAUAGGAACGACCCAAGAUAGGAAGGGAAAACACAGAAGCGUCCGAGAAACUCAGAUAACGCGCGGAGUCAGAAGAACAAGUUGCUUUGCACAUUGGAAUGCCAUCUCCGAGGGCGACGCAUCCAAGCUCACCUCGGAGAAGGAAGUUUUCUUCAACCGAGGCAGAGCUGUACAGGUUUUUAGCCAAAUUAACCGCUGA